AUGGCUACUCCAGCAGAGCGACUUCUGCAACCAGGCACUGGGGGAACCCUUGCUUUGGGUGACAAGGGGCUGCAGCCAGUGGUUUGCCGCGCGUGCUUGCUUGCCCACGGAGCCGCGCCAGAGAGAAGAUCGAGAGGGGAGUUGUUUCCCCGGGGGAUACCUGCAGCCCAGCCGCGGGGUCUGGACGGCCUGGAUGCGCUGGACCCAGACCCGCAGCCGCUGACGCCCGGCAGCGGCGAAGUUUGGCGGCUGAGUGGCGCGGCGCGGGUCCACUGGACAGCCGGCCGCCCUGCGGCCGCGGCGGCGGGAGCGAUGCCCUCGGGCCCCGCCGCCUUCCGUCUGACAGAGAAGUUCGUGCUGCUGCUGGUGUUCAGCGCCUUCAUCACGCUCUGCUUUGGGGCGAUCUUCUUCCUGCCCGACUCCUCCAAGCUGCUCAGCGGGGUCCUGUUCCACUCCAGCCCCGCCCUGCAGCCGGCCGCCGACCACAAGCCGGGGCCCGGGGCGCGCGCCGAGGACGCGGCUGAGGGGCGAGCCCGGCGCCGCGAGGAGGGCGCGCCCGGAGACCCGGCGGCAGCCCUGGAGGACAACUUGGCCAGGAUCCGCGAAAACCACGAGCGGGCCCUCAGGGAAGCCAAGGAAACCCUGCAGAAGCUGCCCGAGGAGAUCCAAAGAGACAUCCUAUUGGAGAAGGAGAAGGUGGCCCAGGACCAGCUGCGUGACAAGGCGGCAUCCAGGGGGCUGCCCCAGGUGAACUUCGUGCCUCCCAUUGGGGCGGAGGUCCCAGAGCCCGCAGACCUUGCCAUCCGCGACAAGAGGGCAAAGAUCAAAGAGGAAACUGAGUCCCAGAAAGGUCAAGUGAAUUGCCUGGGGUGUUGCAGCUCCUGUAUUGAACAGAUGAUGAAACAUGCUUGGUAUAAUUAUAAACGUUACGCUUGGGGAUUAAAUGAACUGAAACCUAUAUCAAAAGAAGGCCAUUCGAGCAGUUUGUUUGGUAACAUCAAAGGAGCAACAAUAGUAGAUGCCCUGGAUACACUCUUUAUUAUGGGAAUGAGAGAUGAGUUUCAAGAAGCAAAAGCAUGGAUUGAAAAAAAUUUGGAUUUUAAUGUGAAUGCUGAAAUUUCUGUUUUUGAAGUAAAUAUACGCUUUGUUGGUGGUCUACUCUCAGCCUACUAUCUCUCCGGAGAAGAGAUAUUUCGAAAGAAAGCAGUGGAACUUGGGGUAAAAUUGCUACCUGCAUUUCAUACUCCCUCUGGAAUACCUUGGGCAUUGCUGAAUAUGAAAAGUGGAAUUGGAAGGAACUGGCCCUGGGCCUCAGGAGGCAGCAGUAUUCUGGCAGAGUUUGGAACCUUGCAUUUGGAGUUUAUGCACUUGAGCUACUUAUCAGGAAACCCCAUCUUUGCUGAAAAGGUAAUGAAUAUUCGAACAGUCCUGAACAAUCUGGAAAAACCACAAGGCCUUUAUCCUAACUAUCUGAAUCCCAAUAGUGGACAGUGGGGUCAACAUCAUGUAUCAGUUGGAGGACUUGGAGACAGCUUUUAUGAGUAUUUGCUAAAAGCAUGGUUAAUGUCUGACAAGACAGAUGUAGAAGCUAAGAAGAUGUAUUUUGAUGCCGUUCAGGCGAUUGAGGCUCACUUGAUCCGCAAGUCUAGUGGGGGACUGACUUACAUCGCUGAGUGGAAAGGGGGUCUGCUGGAGCAUAAGAUGGGCCACCUGACCUGCUUUGCUGGGGGCAUGUUUGCAUUGGGGGCGGACGGUGCUCCUGCAGGCCUGACCCAGCAUUAUCUUGAACUCGGGGCUGAAAUUGCCCGUACCUGUCAUGAAUCUUACAAUCGUACAUAUGUGAAACUUGGACCAGAAGCUUUCAGAUUUGACGGUGGUGUUGAAGCCAUUGCUACCAGGCAAAAUGAAAAAUACUACAUCCUACGACCAGAAGUUGUUGAGACUUACAUGUACAUGUGGCGACUGACUCAUGAUCCAAAGUACAGGAAAUGGGCCUGGGAAGCUGUAGAGGCCCUAGAAAAUCACUGCAAAGUGAACGGAGGCUAUUCGGGCCUCAGGGAUGUUUACCUCAGACACGAGAGUUAUGAUGACGUGCAGCAGAGUUUCUUCCUGGCAGAGACACUAAAGUAUUUGUACUUAAUAUUUUCUGACGAUGAUCUUCUUCCACUGGAACACUGGAUUUUUAACACCGAGGCACAUCUUCUUCCUAUACUCCAUACAGAUAAAAAAGCAGUUGAAGUCAAAGAAAAAUAA